CUUUGUAUCUUGCAGGAAGAGCCAAGGAGCAAAUCCAAGAUCUGUGCCAAUGUUUUCUGUGGAGCUGGGCGGGAGUGUGCAGUGACCGAGAAGGGAGAGCCAACCUGCCUCUGCAUUGAGAAAUGCAAACCUCACAAGAGGCCUGUGUGCGGUAGCAAUGGCAAGACGUACCUGAACCACUGUGAGCUGCACCGUGAUGCGUGCCUCACUGGCUCCAAGAUCCAGGUGGAUUACGAUGGCCACUGUAAAGAGAAGAAGUCUGAGAAUCCAGCUGCAAGUCCAGUCGUCUGCUACCAGUCAGACAGAGAUGAGUUGCGUCGCCGCGUCAUCCAGUGGCUGGAAGCUGAGAUUAUCCCAGACGGCUGGUUUUCCAAGGGUAGCAACUACAGCGAAGUCCUGGACAAGUAUUUCAAGAGCUUUGACGAUGGCGAUUCUCGCUUGGACUCCACUGAAUUCCUGAAAUUUGUGGAGCAGAAUGAGACUGCUGUCAACAUCACCACCUACAUGGACCAGGAGACCAACAAGCUGCUCAG